GUCAUGCAUUAUUGAAAGAAGCAGAUAUAGUUACCGAACAUUACUGCACACUAUUGUCAGCUGAAGCAACCACCUGGGAAUCAGAUUUCAUGCACGUUUCACUUUUAGUGGCUGGGGGCCUCUCACUUUCAAGUCUUUAAACGAUCACUCUGGGAGACUAACUCCAUUAAGUCUUUAACGUUAACUUAGUUGUUACCAACUUCUAAGUGAUUCAGCAAUAAUGUGUUCAUGGGAAAUAAUACACCUGCGCUUCUUUUUAGCUUUUGCUAUCUUUUUACUGCGGACGGAGUCUGGAGUUUCUUCAGGGAGUGCAGACUACCCCCUCAGUGAGGAAACAGAUGUGGAUCAGUGUCCAGGAGGAAAAUACUUCUCCCACCAGCUUUGCUUAGAGUGUCCCUCUGGUCAUUUCUGCUCUGGCAAUUCACCUGCACCGCAAAGAUGCCCAGCAGGAACAUUCAACAUGUACACAGGGAAGAGCAGUAUCACUGACUGCAAGCCUUGUUUUCCAGAUCUCAUCAGUUCAGAGGAACGAGUGGAUUGUAAGCUGUGUCCUGCAGGCUUCUCAUGUGAUCCAACCAUUGGGAUUCUUUAUUUAUGCCCCCCAGGACAGCAUUCGCCAGAGGGGGUCCUGCAGUGUCUGAGCUGUCCUGUGGAUUCUGUCUGCACCUCGGGUUUCCCUUAUAGGUGUGGACCUGGCAAGGAGCCCAAUCCAGAUCACACCGUGUGUAACGACUGUCCUCUGGGCUUUUAUUCUACUAUGUGUACGAUCCAGUGUGUGCAGUGUCCAGCAGGAAGUUACUGUCCAGAUAGUGGAAUGUCUCAGCCACUUCCCUGUCCUCCUGGUUGGUCUUCUACACCUGGACAGGCUUACUGCAGCAGCUGUAAUAACACAUCCAUACUGUGUGGUGGAGCUAUAACCCCCCGCUGGAGCCAGCCAGUCCACAGAGCCAGCCAGUCCAUCACCUGUCGACCAGGAACAUACAAAGAUGUGACAGAAGAGUUUGGUUGUAUGGUCUGUCCAUUAGGUCAUUACUGUGUGGGAGGGGUAGCUAUACCCUGUCCUGCAGGUACUUACGGCCCUAAAGAAGGCCUGCAGAGACUGAGAGACUGCACAAUCUGUCCUGCAGGGUUUUACUGUCUGGAAGGUACCUCACAGAGACCCACCUCCCAGUUCCUGUGUCCACAAGGCUAUUACUGUGAAGAGGGCACUGCCACCCCGCAGGGGUCACCUUGCCCCACUGGCACAGCGGGGGAACAACUGGGUCAGACAAGUAGGGCAGGAUGCAAGAGAUGUAGGGAAGGACGCUUCUGUCCUGCAGGGUCAUCAAGUCCUGGUUUGCCCUGUGCUCGGGGUAGAUACUGCCCUGCUGGUACUUUGGAAGAAGUUAUAUGUCCUCCAGGCACCUUCACCCCUCAUCAAGGGGCGAUAAGUGUGAAAGACUGUCUCAAAUGCCCUGCUGCCUUCUACUGUCCUGUGGGGACAAGUGACCCAGUGCCCUGUCCACCGGGCUCCUUCAACCCUUUAGAGGGUCAGGAUGAGGUGGCUGAUUGCAGAGAGUGCUAUGCAGGAAAGGCCUGCACACAGGUAGCCCUGAGAGCCCCUGAUGUAGACUGCAUGCAAGGGUUUGUGUGUCCUCCUGGGUCUUCAAAACCAAACGCGCCAUCCAAUGCGUGCCCACCGGGGACACUGAGCAAUCGCACUGACCUAACUGACCGCUCACAGUGUCAGCAGUGUCCAGCACGAUAUGCCUGUCUUCGAGGAACUGGAGAUAUCCAGAGACCCCCACUUCUCUGCUUUCCUGGACAUUAUUGUCCUGCUGGAACUAUGUUCCCCACCCAGUACAAAUGUCCUGUGGGUACAUGGAGCGGUCACAGUGGAUUGGAGGCUGAAAGUGAGUGCCAGCCAUGUCCACAUGGCUGGUACUGUUUGGCUGGUUCAGGAGCUCCAUCAGGUCGAUGCAGCUCUGGACACUACUGUCCUGAAGGGACUGCAUAUGGCACCCAGUUUCCUUGCCCUGAGGGCACCUACAGCAUCCAAAUGGGUAACAGAUGCAGAGAUGACUGCUUGAUAUGUCCCGAGGGCUCGUUCUGUCAGCAGGGCACCUCCAAACCUUCACCUUGCCCACCCUCUACAUUUCGCCGUCUGAAAGGAGGUCGGAGGCUUGAGGACUGCUCUUCUUGCCCUGCUGGCUAUUUUUGUCCCCACUCAGCCACUGUCAGCCCCAGAGUGUGUGGAGCUGGCAGCUACUCUGAUGAGGGAUCUGCAGAGUGUUCUCCAUGCCUGCAGGGCCACUUCUGCAGUAAUGAGACCACUAGUGAGGAAGCCAUGCUAAGUGUCAUGGUGUGCCCUCCAGGUUUUCUCUGCUCUCAGGGUUUGGCCAGAGACCCCCAGCGAUCAGCCACCCUCUGUCCUCGAGGUUUCUUCUGCCCCGGAGGAGGCAUUGAUCCCAAUCCCAUUCCUUGCCCCAAUGGCACCUACAGUGAAUUUCCUGGCUUGCGUGAUGCCAGUGAGUGUAUCCAGUGUCCUGAGGGGAAGUAUUGUUACUCCCAACAACCUAAGGAGCAGCCUAUUACCAGGCCUACAGAGGAGUGUCCCGAUGGCCACUAUUGCCCCGCUGGGACCGGUUACCCCUUCACCUACCCCUGCCAAGCUGGCAAAUACAGAAACAACACACUUGGUCAAAGUGGAGAGGCAUGUAUUUUGUGUCCAUCCAGGCAUUACUGUAGCAGCCCAGGAACUCACACUCCUUCAGUAUGUCCACAAGGGUUUUACUGUCCAGACGGCACUUCUCUUCCUGAACCUUGUCCUGAAGGAACCUACAGUUCUCGCUCUGCUCUCAGUGAUAGGUCUGAAUGCACCCCUUGUGGCGGAGGCCAGUAUUGCACUGGAGUGGGACUUUCAGAGCCCUCUGGAAGCUGCAGAGAUCGUUUUUACUGCAGAGAGGGAGCCAAGUCUGCUACUCCUGUCGAUGGACCAACUGGAGGUCUGUGUCCGGCAGGAAGUUACUGUCCUUUAGCCUCGCCCUCUCCUCUCCCCUGUCCUUCUGGCACUUUCAGCAACAGCACUGGCCUCAGCAGACCUGAGGAGUGUACUAGCUGUCCGCCAGGUUUUUAUUGUGCAGGUUCUAACAACACGUCACCAUCAGCCCCUUGUUUUCCUGGUUUCUACUGCACUGGUGGCUCAGCGUCACCUGUUCAGAAUGAAGCAGAGGAAGGGCAUUACACUUCAAAAGGGGCAGCCAGGGCAGAGCCAUGUCCUCUUGGUUAUUUUCAGCCGCGUCGAGGUGCACAGUCAUGUUUGGAGUGUCAGGGAGGCAGAUUGUGUAACCACACAGGCUUGUCCCAGCCACCUCUGUGUCCCACAGGACACUACUGUCCUCUAAGAUCCACUGUUGCUCACCCAUGUCCUUCAGGCUCUUACUCUGACCAGCCUGGUGGUGAUGCUGUGCAGCAUUGCCGGCCAUGUGAUGCAGGCUUGUUCUGUAGCAGAAGUGGUCUUUCUGAACCUCAGGGUCUCUGUGACCCAGGACACUACUGCACCUCUGGAGCUUCCACUGCCUCACCAGUGGCUGUGGCGUCUGGCGGUGUCUGUCCUGCAGGCUACAUCUGUCCACAAGGAACCAAGUACCCACAGCAGCACCCAUGUCCUGUGGGAACCUGGAGUAACACAGUGGGAGCCCAAACCUGGUCCUCUUGUUUAUCCUGCCCCCCAGGACUCUACUGUAACAGUACUGGACUCAGCCAGCCUUCUGAAAUUUGUGAUAUAGGAUAUUAUUGUUCUGGAGGGGCAGUGGUUUCAGCGCCCUCUGAUGGUGUGACAGGUGACAUUUGUCCACUUGGAUAUUAUUGUCCAAUGGGCUCAGCAUCUCCUCUUCUCUGCCCUGAUGGGACUUACUCAAACACAACAGGUAUAAAAAUAUAA